AUGUUUAAAUCAGCAGCUCAAUGUCAAAGGACCUUAUGGGUGGGGCCAAGAUGGUUAUCAUCAACUAACAAGGCAUGUGUAUAUGCAAUUACAUGCCCUGGACAAGGGAUUAUCAAGGAUGGGUUAUUAGUUCCGUAUGCGAAAUUCCAGCAUCAUUUCCAAGACAGUCUUGAGAUCAUCGAUGAAAGUUUGAACGAAAAAUUUAGUGAUAAAUUGUUGAAUAGCCAAGUAGGAUUCGGAAAGGAAUGGCUCAUACACACCUCUAAUGCACAGCCAGCGAUAUUGGCAACAACCUACAUAAUAUGUGAGAUAAUACGCAAGGAAUACGGUAUUGAUUUACCCCAGAAUGAUAAGGUGAAGUUUUUGUUAGGCCAUUCGCUAGGUGAAUAUACAGCUCUCUUGCUUGCGGGAGUGUUGGACUUGACCGGAGCAAUAAGGCUAGUACGAGAAAGAGGACGGUUAAUGGAAGAGUUGGUUACCAACAACGAUUAUUCGAUGGUUGCGUUGAUGUUCAAGCCCAGUUUUUUUACCGAAAUUCUCUUGAUGAGUCAGGAGGCGGAAGUGCUCGCAAACGUCAACUCGUACCAGCAAAUAGUUUUGUCGGGCAAGUCGUCAAAAAUUGAUAAGACUAUAGCUGAGAUAAAUAGUGAAUCAAAGAAAAUAUUGAAGACAGUCAAAUUGCCGGUCAAGAUCCCGUUUCAUAAUACGAUUUUGCAUGAAAUAGAGCCUAAAUUAUUACAAUUAGCUACACCUCUACAAAAGCCUACAAAACCUAUAGUUGCAAACUUGCAAGGUGAGGUAUCACCUGAUCCAUUUACAUGCACGAUAAGGGCCAAUUCGAAACCUGUUCAAUGGACAAAGUCAAUGGAAUACCUAGUAACAAACAAUGUAACCGAUGUUAUAAAUUUAGGUCCUGGGGAUGUUUUGCAGGGACUCAAUUCGAAAUUCAAGGUUAGAAACUAUAGUGUUGAUUCUGUGGAAUCUAUGAAUGAGUUACGGAAUUUAUUUAGUGCAUAA